CAUGGAAAAUAUAUUACUCUAAUCAUAUAUGGUCACUCAAACAUAACAAAGAUGGGGAAUUUGACAAACGAUACUAACGACAAAGGCCUGGAGGAAAUAGUUCAAUUGACUGGCAAAAUUUUAUACCUUCUUAUCGCCAUCUUCACAAUUCUUGGAAACACUUUGGUUUUAGUCGCGACCUGGAAAGAGAGAAGCCUUCAUCAACCGAACAAAUAUUUUAUUGCUUAUCUCGCUGUCGCUGAUCUCUUGGCCGGUUUAUUUAUAGCGCCAUUAACGUUUUAUGGAAUGUAUGCGAAAGAAUCACGGAACUCCGUUCAUCUGUGUCGUUUCAUGGUGUGGAUUGAUACAUUUGCGUUAACGACGUCAAUUUAUACCCUGACAUUCAUCAGUUUUGACCGAUAUCUUAAAAUUAGCAAACCACUUCAGUACAAAUCACGAAUGUCCACUUCCAUAUCGUUGAAAAUAGUUUUCAUUAUUGUUUUGCUUUCAACCUUCCUCGCCACUUAUUCUGCCAUUCCUCAUUCGGGAAGCGGAGGAAUUCUGUUUUCCGGCAUGGGCGACUGCUCAGAUGCCGAUCCUAAUACCAUCCGAGAAUUCUACACCUUUUUGACAAUCACCGCGUUUUUUCUCCCCGCGAUUGCAAUAUUGACUAUGUACGCUCUUAUCUUUCUUGUUGCCCAUAAACGACAAAAAAUGCUGCGAAACGGAGAGUUGGGACAAUCUUUGAACAAUCAGAACCAACAUACUGUUUUUCAUCAAGAUAUGAAGCUGAUUAGAAUGUUAAUGCUCGUCAUAGGGGCCUUCAUUUUUUGCUGGGGACCUUGGUUUAUAUUGCUAUUAUUAUAUUUUUCCUAUCCGAAGCUGAUUAAUUGGACGAACAGUUCAACAAUGAUAAUCACAUUCGUAGCAAACAUUUUACCAUUAUUUAACAGCCUGUGCAAUCCGAUAAUAUAUGCCUGGCUGGACCAAACGUACAGAGAAGCUUUCAAACGUCUGUUUCGCCGAAUGAUGUGUCGAGAAUACAAUACUGAUCAACAACCAGACACAAGAAUCCCAUUAACGCGACAAUCAAGCCAUUAGAAUUACGUUCGCGAAGAGGCAGAUAAAAUAACUCAGUAAAAAAUGAAAUAUUUCAAUGAUUCAAGUUCGCAAUACGCAUCUGUUCUGCUCAUCAAAAUAUGAUGUGAAAAUUGCCAAACUUUUGCAUGUUUUUGCAAGAUUUCUAAACAUAAACACUGUAGACUUCACAUUUUUUUACAAGCGUAGAGAACCUAAAUAGUAUUAGACAUGAGCAUAUCGUAUUUCAAGGUGUAAAGUCACUGUAAACUGUU